AAUGGGUGAGUGAGAUAAGAAAGAGAAAAUGGAUAUUAUAGUGAGAGAAAAUGUGAGAACAGAACAGAAAAAAUACGUGAGGGUCACAAAGGCUUUAGAAAAAGGGUCAACGGUUAACGAACCAACUGAAAAUUAGAGGCCAAUAGCAAUAGCAAUUAGAUUAGAAUACCCUCUUUAAUCCUUCUGUUUCUGCCAUUAAUCCCCACUUUUUCUUCUCCUCCAUUAAUCCUCAUUCUUCUCCAUUACUCACAAACUCAUUGAUUCCUCUUCUUCUUCUAAUCUAAUCCCCUCUCUUCUCUCAAUUUCCCCCACACCCACAAACAAAUUCAUGGAGAAACACCCACCCCCAGAGAAAUCAGAGAGUUUUUCAAAAAAUUUCAACAGAAGAAUUGCCAAUCUGGGCUCACCUCGCCGGAAUCCCGAGGAUUCUGCCAAAUCCGAAUCUGAAAAGCUUGCCGACGACGAUGCCUACAUCGAGGAUCCUCUCUCCGAAUCUGACAUUGCCGCGCUUUUCGAAGAGGUUGAUCAAUUCCUCCAGGCUCUGUACAAUGCCGGAGACGACGGAUCCAAUCUCAUCCCCGAGGUUCCCGGCGCUGUUCAUUCCUUGUCCAAAAUGGUGGAUUCCACCGUCUCCAGGUACAACGCCGGCAAAUAUCUCACCAGGCUCGGCAGAGAUCAGGAUCGGGAUUCUUCCUUCUUCCAAGCUCUGGAUCGCAUUGCCAAGAUCGCCAUUAAAUUAGGGGAAUUCCCUCCAAACUCUGCCUUGAUUUCUUCGCUCAAUCGGACCACCACGGCUUUGCAGCGAGCCAUGGCGCUGCUGGACGAGGAAUUCAACGCCCUUCUCAAGGAAUGCAAACAUCGCGAGGUGGAUUCCAAAUCUGAUCGGAAGGCCGCUAAGCAAUCGUCGUUCAAAACCAUCAACGAAUCGCCGGAUCAGACCGCUCUUCCCGACUCCUCCGAGUCCGACGACGAGGAAUUCCCCUCGUUCUCACCUGAAACCGUAUCCAACAUGAGCAUAAUCGCCGGAGCCAUGAUCUCCGCCGGCUACGAGAAGGAAUGCUGUAUGACUUACAGCUUUCUCCGCCACAGCUCCUUCAAAGGAAUGCUCAACAAGCUCGGCUACGAAAGUAUAAGCAUAGACGACAUACAGAAAAUGCCAUGGGAGACUCUCCAAUCGGAGAUAGAUAAAUGGAUCGCCGUCGUGAAGAAAUGCUCCAAAUCUCUGUUUCCGGGCGAGUGGAAGCUCUGCGACUCUGUUUUCUCUGACCAUUCCUUCAUAUCUCAUACGCUCUUCAGCAACCUAACGAGAGCCGUGGUGAUCAAGCUUCUCAACUUCGCAAACGCCGUGGUCUUGACGAAGCGAUCCGCGGAGAAGCUCUUCAAGCUACUCGAUAUGUACGAAACGCUCCGUGAUUUGAUUCCAGCCAUCAAUGGCUUCCCUGAAAAUUGCAAGACAGAGCUAAUAUCGGAAGCGGACGGGGCGAAGAGCGGGAUAGGGGAAGCCGUAAUCGGGAUUUUCUACGACCUAGAGAGUUCGAUCAAAAGCGACAACGCGAAAAUUCCAGUUCCGGGAGGCGCAGUCCAUCCAUUGACGCGUUACAUCAUGAAUUACCUAAAAUACGCUUGCGAAUACAAAGAAACCCUAGAACAGGUGUUUCAAUUUCUGGAUCCGAAAAUGGAAGAGAAUCGGGCGGCGGCGAGAAUGGAGGAGAACGACGAAGCGUCGCCGAGAAAGUCACAGCUGGCGAUUCAGAUCGCGAAGGUGAUGGAUCUGCUGGACGCGAAUCUGGCGAUGCGAUCGAAGCUGUACCGCGACCCUUCGCUGAGGUACAUCUUCCUGAUGAACAACGGGAGGUACAUCGUGCAGAAAAUCAAAGGAUCGAACGGAAUCACGGAGUUGAUGGGGGAGCGGUGGUGCCGGAAGCGGUCGACGAAUCUCCGGCAGUACCACAAGAACUACCAGAGGGAAACGUGGAGUAAGGUGCUGCAGUGCCUGAACCACGAGGGAUUGCAGGUGAACGGGAAGGUGUCGAAGCCGAUCUUGAAGGAGAGAUUCAAGAGCUUCAACGCGAUGUUCGACGAAAUACACAAGACGCAGAGCAGUUGGGUGGUGAGCGACGACCAGCUUCAGUCGGAGCUCCGGAUUUCGGUGUCGGCGGUGAUGAUUCCGGCGUACCGUUCGUUCGUGGGGAGGUUCAAGCAGCACUUCGAUCCGGGAAGGCAAUCGGAGAAGUACAUAAAGUAUCAGCCUGAAGAUAUCGAGGGUUUGAUCGAUGAUCUGUUUGAUGGAAAUACUGCGUCAAUGGCCAGGAGGAGAUCGUAGGUACAGAAGCCUUAAAAGAUUCUUUAUUUCCCCAGGCAGCCAUUAAAUUAAAUUAAAUUAAAUUUUCCUUCUUUCGGAUUAUUCAAUUUAUGUAAUUCUUUUUUCAUUUUUUUUUUGUGUUUAUGUGAUUUAUUUUUUUCCAAUAACACGUGGAAAUAGAAGAUUGG